AUGCCGCCAAAUAACGACUUUUUGGUUUCAAAAGUUUUGGCAGAACUUGGAUGGAACGAAGCGCACGCAAUUCCAAUUGCAAAUGAAGAGAAUCAGCAGUUAAUCAAAAAGUUGGAACAGCUACAACAGCAGCUUCAUGAACGUAAUUCGGAGCUGGAAUUGGAGAGAAGUAGAGUGCAACGAUUGGUUGAUCAUAUGGAGAAUGUCAAGCAAGAAAUCACUUAUACGGCUGGUUUAUGUGAGCUACGGCGGAAGGAGAUUGAUGACGAGAAUCACCAAUGUAGGUUGACGGAGAGGGAACAUGGGAAGCUACAACAACAGAUGCUAUGCCUCAAAAAAUUACGACAAGAGGUACAAGAAAAGAUGAGCAGUCUGGAAAACGCUACCUUUACAAAAAGUGCUGAACUAGAGAAAGUUUCUUCAGAAUUGAAUAUUGACAAGAAAACUUUGGACGAGUUGAUCCAAAUUAACGAAGCGAAAAACAAGGACGUCAUGCUGAUGGAAAAAUACAUUCAUAAGGACUCAUCACAGCUGAAAGAUUUAACCUUAGAAAUGCAACGACUGACAAGCACUGUGAGGUUAAAGAAAGAUAAGCUGGAUACAACCUAUACACGAGCACAAACGUAUCAGCUCAGCCUGGCUGGAAGGUGUGAGGAGACGAAGACAGCCCAUCAGGAGCGUGAUAUGUUGAUUGCGCAAUGGGAGCACGUGUUAAAACGAAUGAAGGAUCGCGACGAAAACCUUCGGCAGCUGACUGAUCGAAUAAACGAGACGCAAACGCUAGUAGAUCAAAGCAAAGCUGUCAUUAAGGAACGAAGCGCUUUUCUCAGAGAGCAAGAAAUCAGCGCCAAGGAGGCGGAGCGACAGCUAGAUGACACAGUGCAUGCUGUUGGUUUUGCAAAAACAGAGCUAAAAGAAGCGGAAGAACGAGAGCGGAACUUUGGCAUUGAGCUUACUGCGCUUAAGAAUUCUGUGAACAAAUCUGCUCACGACCUAGAAUCGGCUCGUUCAAGAAUGCAUCAAAUGAGGAGGGAGAAAGCGAGCAAGAGCAAAUGCUUGGAACGUCUGAGGCAAUCAGUUCAGGAGCAGCAGGAGCGAUUAAAUUUUGUCGUGGAGUCUAAACUAACCGAAGAACAGUUGAUGAACGAAGCAGACGCCAGGCUGUCGGCGAUGGAGGCGGGACAGGAGCAGUUGUUCAGACAGCUGAAUAGUCUACGCAACGACCGAUUCAUGGCUUCCCAAAGAUUGGAAGAGGUGAAUACUGAAGAGAAGAAACUUACUCAGAGUCUCCAAGGAGCAGACGCGUUUCUUCGCAUGGCAAACGCAAAGAUGAAAAAAGCAGACCACCAGUGUCUGCGGCACCAUGAAGAAUUAUACAAACAGGACUUUCAAAUUCAGAUGCUGGAGCGGCGCAUCGGCCGUCUCACAGGUGAACGGAAGGACUAUGACUCUAGCGCAUUAGAAAGGAAGAUUGCAGAGCUUAACUGCGAAUUAGACGAACGCACAAAAAUAAUCAGAAUGCUAAAAGAGGAAUUGUCGCACUUGCAGCAUGAAGUCUAUCGUAAAAAACGGGAGUCCAACACCCUAGCAGAACAGAGUGCAGCUGCAGAAAACUCACUGCGGACGAGCGUGCUGGAAGUUGACAUCGCUUUAAAGGAGAAAGAAAAGAUGGCCGCCACAUUGCAACGCCUCAUGGUUGAGCAAAAUUUGCUGAAAUUAGAAACGAAGCGGCUUUUCAUAGGUUAUCAGAAGCGCUUAGACAGGGUGUGCAACCUGGAAAAGUCACGUGAGGCACUGAAUUUAGUCGUCGCAGAUCGAAUGCACCAAAUCGCUACGCAUCAAGCUAUGUUGUCGAGCCAAUACCGAAUCGGUACGGAGGAGAACGGACGACUAAAGCUUGAGAUUCAGUCACGGAAAUCCCGGAUCGACAAGCUGAUAAAGCGGUAUGAAAUACUUAUCGCACUCAUGGCUCCACCUGAAGAAGAGGAGGAACGAAGUCAAACUUAUUACAUCAUCAAGGCCGCUCAAAAUAAGGAGACGCUUCAGCAAAAAGGUGACCAACUGGACAACGAGACCAAGCAGGCGGAACAAGAGUUGGCAGCCUUGGAAAAUACACUUGCAGUUAUGAAUGGAUGCAACAACGUCUAUCGCCUAAGCCUUGCCAAAUUGCCUCCGGAUGCAGAAGAGCUGCAGUUGGAACGAGAACUGCAAGAACAGCUUCGAGUUUUGUCCAUCAAGCUGCGUUACGAUGAAGCCAAAUUAAAUGAAGUGAGGGAAAGUGAAAAAACAAUGUCACAAACUGGAGAGCGAAUUGAAGAAGAGUUGAACUCCUACAGAUACCAAAAACGUAAGCUGACCACCGAAGUGGAAAAAAAGGACAACGAAAUAAGGACCCAAAAAGAAAAAUACAACCGAGCAGUGGGAAAGUUGGAGAAAGUGAAAUUAGCAAUUCGCAAGACGGAAUCAUUCUCCGCAGAACAGCGAGUCGCUUACGAAGAAGAUAUUCAAAUCCGAUUGGUGAAGGAACUGGCUGAUCAAAUGACUCACGAGUUGCUCAGCAAACUCCGGCAUGAUGUACAACUGACGGACCAAGCGUGUGCGAUGAUGUCCGCCUGUGGUUUGUCCUACAGCACACUCAGCGCACAUCGACACAGCCGAGCAACCACCAGCAUGAGUAGUGGAUCUUCAAAUAGUCCGACGACUGAUUCAACAUCAACCAACUCAAGCACCAGUCCCCCAGCGGGAACGAGUGUGGAGAACGACAAAAGCGGGGGACGAGGCACAUCGACAGCACUGUCUCAAGUGCAAGUCGGUACCAUCAACCUUGGUCAACAGAUCAUGCUGCCGGGAGGAAGCCAAUCACGUGUACAACCCAGCCACAGUGACAGGAAUGAAGGGACUUCCAGUUCAGCCAAAAGCGCGCAUGGAGAACGGCCAUGA